GUCCAGAAAAACAUCAUUGUUUCAGUUCAGCUUAUCUCUGCUCUCCCAAAUAUCCUGUUUCUUCGAGCUGCGCGUCCAGAACCAAUAGAAAGCUCUUCCUGCUGUAGCCUGACUUCACUUCCAGCUUUAGCACAGUCUCAUCCGCUCCAAACUGUGCUCGGCAGAACCGGGGCUCACACGCGCUGCCGUAAACACACACACACACACACACACACAGACCCAGCCGCGGCGUGAGGACGCCCGUCCUGCUCCAGCAUGGCCAGCACCAUCAAGGAGGCGCUGUCGGUGGUGAGUGAGGAUCCGUCUUUAUUCGAGUGUUCGUACGGAGCGCCUCAUUCGAAGACGGACAUGACGGCUUCCACCGCUGGUGAAUACGGCCCGAGCAAACUCAGUCCCAGAGUGCAUCAGCAGGACUGGCUGGCUCCGCCCCCUGGACGCAUCACUGUCAAGCUGGAGUGUGGCGUGGGAUCCAGGGCCUCUCCUGAUGUGUGUGCUGUGGUGAAGGGUAAGAUCUCUCCGGUGAUGUACAGCAGCUUUAUGGAGGACAAGCACGCGGCGGCACCCAACCAGACCAGCAGCGAGCGCAGAGUGAUCGUCCCUGCAGAUCCGAGCCUGUGGUCAGCGGAUCACGUUCGUCAGUGGCUGGAGUGGGCCGUGAAGGAGUAUGGGCUUCCUGAGGUGGACCUGUCUCUGUUCCACAGCAUCGACGGGAAGGAGCUCUGCAAGAUGAGCAAAGACCACGUCCAGCGUCUGACCAGCAGCUACACGGCCGACAUCCUGCUGUCUCACCUGCACUACCUCAGAGAGACUCCACUUCCUCACUUGACUUCAGAUGAUGUUGACAAAGCCUUGCAAAACUCCCCGCGGUUAAUGCAUGCUCGCAAUACAGGAGGAGCCAGCUUCAUCUUCCCAAACGCUCCGGUGUUCCCUCCCGACGGCAGCCGAGGGCCGAGCCGAGCGGAGCUGAGUGUGGACGGCCGGCGCUCGGGAUGGACUCAGCCUCCGUCUGCAGCUAAAGUCUCUCAGAGUUCUGCUGGAGUCAUGACCAAACCUGAGGAGCACAGAGCCCCGUUGGAUCCGUAUCAGAUUUUAGGGCCGACGAGCAGCAGACUGGCCAAUCCAGGUUCGGGUCAGAUCCAGCUGUGGCAGUUCCUCCUGGAGCUUCUCUCCGACAGCUCGAACUCGUCCUGCAUCACGUGGGAAGGAACCAACGGCGAGUUCAAGAUGACGGAUCCGGACGAGGUGGCUCGGCGCUGGGGCGAGAGGAAGAGCAAGCCCAACAUGAACUACGACAAGCUGAGCCGAGCCCUGCGCUACUACUACGACAAGAACAUCAUGACCAAAGUGCACGGCAAACGCUACGCCUACAAGUUCGACUUCCACGGCAUCGCUCAGGCCCUGCAGCCGCAUCCGCCCGAGUCCUCCAUCUACAAGUACCCAGCCGAGCUGUCCUACAUGAGCUCGUACCCGCAGAAGAUGAGCUUCGUGUCUCCACACACUCCGGCCAUGAGCGUCUCCUCGCCGGGCUUCUUCAGCGCUCCGGGUCCGUACUGGAGCGCUCCGGCGCCGGGACUCUACAGCGGCCCUCGACACCCCCCCGCACACAUGCCCUCGCACCUGGGCUCCUACUACUAGAGUCCACAGACCAAUCACACACCGCCAUCCAGAAGCUCAGCGGGACCGUGACCGUGGCUGUAUAACACAUUAGUGAGCUGCUGCAUGAUCAAGUAUAUAUGUUCACUUCUACCUUAAUGUACAAACAUAUCAGAGAGAGUUCAGGAGGUCUGAGAGGAGGGGAGAGGAAGAGGAAGACAGGACUGAGGUAUGUGAGAUGAUGAAGAACGACGGCCGUUCACAUGAAGGACGAUAACUUAGGGCUGCACGAUCACUUGCUCAGAAAAUAUAAUCACAUAUUCAGUAUUUCAUCAGAUUGAUUGCAUGUAAGCAUAAAUCAACUUGCUUUCGAACAGACGGGAUUUAUUAUGCUAUUAUUUCAGCAGGAUAUAUCUCUAGAAUAUAUAACUCAGUAGAGUGACGAACGCCAACUGUUUCUGUGAUGUAGAGAGAGCGUGGACAGGGUUGCCAAGUUGGGAAUAAAUUAAAUUAACACCUGGGUUGCCAAGUUUUGUUUUCGAAGUCUGCGGGUUAAAACGAUCUCCCCAGGACACUAUUUCAAUCAGAAACCACAGAAAACAUGAUUGGGAUAGUUUUGAUUAUCAUUUUUGCAGACCUGGCAACCCUAUAAACCACUGGACAGAAAUUGUAUUGAUUUAAGAGAAACGCUUUGAUUGGGGGAUUUUAACAUAUACACUUGAGAUCUGGCAACCCAUGACACAAUUGAAUGAUAUCGGUGUAAUCACUUUCAGGGCGAUUUUUGUUUCUAGGAGAUGAAUGAUAAAAACAUUGACAGCCAAUCAGAAUCCACCGUCUUUAAAGAGCUUGAGCAUUUAAAGCUUAUAAUAAACAGCCAUUAUAGUUAUCGUUCUUAUCGUGUGAACAGGCCUCUUGAUAAAUCUGUCAGGGUUAUGACGUUUGUGUGGCUUCGGAGAAUGAUAUUUGCCUUAAAAAUGACGAGUCUUUGUAGAAAACUGGAAUCUUUCAGAAGUUUUAAUGACCUCUAACCUUUAACGACGAGGUGCAUUUAUAUGAACCAGUGCCUUACAGAGAAACAGAUUUACCAAAGAUACCAGUAUUUGUAUUAUUAUUAAUUAUUAUGAUAUGAUCCGAGUCGCAAACGCUGUGCGUUUGUUAGAUUGAAGUAUACAGUUCAGUGUUAUAAUUCUUUUAUAUAAUAGAUAUAUAACUUAUGCAUUUAAACACUACGAGUUGAUCUCAGCCAGCCGAACAGACUUUAAUCAGAGACGUAGAGACGGAGCGCAGACGACACACGCGUGAUCUCUGUACACUGAACAUGUGUGUGUUCGUAUGACGCUGGACUGGUGCAGCACACGGCUCUGACCCGCUGAACUCAGAUCAGUUCGGCUCGGUCUCGCCCUGAUGCUCUGAGAUUUCUGACAAAGGGGAGAAAACAUAUAUUUGGAUAAAUUAUAUGAUUUUCUACUGAAUCAUUUUAAUAAACUAUUUUCAAC